CGCACACGUCUGAACGGAGCGCGCCAGUCACCAGUCAGUCCGGUGUCCGUUGUCAAACUGUUCAGUAAGCGCACCGCCGCACGACAGUGUUCACUCGUGUUGUGUGUAGUCGUCGCUCGUACGUGUUUUGUUUGUUUUUAUUUUUGUCGUAGAACGAGUCUUAACACCUGCGCCGUUUGUUUCAAUUAUUAUUUUUUUUUGAUUUAUUGAAUUUUGAUUUUUUUUUUUGGUGAUCUAAUUUAAAAAAAAAAAUUGUUAAUUAUUUAAAAAAAAUAAAUAAAAUCUGGUUAUUACGAAAUUAUUUAAGUAUUUAGUAUUAUUAUAAUUAAAUCGAGUUUCGUGCGCCAGAUGCUUGCAGUGACCGUCGCCAGUGAUUUUCGACGUCGGUGUCUCCAGGAGGAAUAUCGGUGUUAACCGCGCGCGCGUGUGUUCGACGCCGCCGCGGGAUCUCGUCGCGCGAAACCGUCGCCGUACCAACCGAUGGCUUUGAACGCCACUACGUGUUACAACAAGGCGGUGAUCGCGGGCUACGGGUCGUCGUACCCCAGCCCGCUGGCCGCUUCCGCCGGCGUUCCGUCCUCCCUGAUGGUGGCCGCGGCCGCCGGAUCCGCGGGCGGUUCGCCGUCGUCCCGAUCCGGGUCGUCCGGGUCCGGUAGCGGGCUGUCCGGGUACCGCGUCAAGGACUUCAACGUGCCCUUACACGUCGAUUGUAGCGUCGAAUACGAAAUGCCCAGCUCGGCCAAACCGCCGGUGGGUGGCAAGGUCGAGCCGCUGCUCAUGAUCCACCCGUCGUAUUACCGGAAGGCCGAGAGCCGGACCCGCAGCCUGUUCGUCAACAACAUGCCCGCCGCCGCGUCCGCAUCGUCAGGACGGAGCAGACCCUCGGCAGCCGCAGCCGCCGCGGCCGCGGUCGGCAACGUCUGCGGCAGGUCGGGCGUAUCUGCCGCCAUCGCGAACGCCGCCGACGGACCGCCACCCGCGAAAAAACCGUACGCGGGACCGGCGCCCGGAGUGACCGCGUCCACCGCGGCCGGUGUUUACGGUAUGGUCACUGGUGCCGUGGCCGCCGCCGCCGGCGCGUCCCAAUGGCCGCCGUUGGGCUCCAGCGCCGAGCACCAACACCACGACGGCAAACGCACUCUGGACAUGGUCCAGCGGCAGUACCAACAGCACCUGCAGGCCAGUCUACCCCCGCCGAUGAUGACUGCCGCCUUGCCUACCGACAAAACCCACAUGACAGUGCCGAAAGGGUGUUCUUGCUGCCAGGCGAAAUUAUUAAAGCGCAAAGCCCAACAACCGUCGUCGGUGCCACAACAACAACAACAACAACAACCUCUACAACAACCACAGCAACACCAUAUCCACCAUCACCAACAACAACAACAACUACAACAACAGCACCUGCCGCAACCACCUCAUUUACAACAACAACAACACCUCCAUCACCACCAGCAACAGCAGCAGCAGCAGCAGCAACACCACCAUCAACAUAUCCAUCAUCAGCAGCAGCAGCAACAGCAGCAACACCAUCACCAUCAACAGCAGCAGCAGCAGCAGCAGCAACAGCAACAGCAGCAGCAGCAGCAACAACAACACAUCCAUCAACAUCAUCAUCAUCAGCAACAGCAACACCAAGAGUACCACAAGUCGAGGCAAAACGAACAGCCGACUCCGCAACUGUGGGGUUUUAACGGUACCAUUGCUGCGGUGUUGCGCAACGAGUACGGUGGCAAACCGACAAAAACGUUGGGACGCAUCACCGACCCGAUCAACAACAUCCUGACGCCCACAUACAUGUUCUGAGCGUCCAAGUUGUGAUGAUAUUUUUAUUGUAUUUUGUGAUAGUUAGACUGUUAAAACAUUUUUUUUUCUUUAAAAAAACGCGUUCGGAUCGAACAGAUCGACGAGAAGAAUAUAAUAUAAUGAUUAGGUAUUGGACUUGUACGGUGAAAAUAAUAAUAAUGUAUACACCUAUAUAAUAUGUUAUCAUUAUUGUACCUAAUUAUAAUAAUAUGUCAUGUACGCGUGCGUUUAGCGUGUCGUGUACAAAAAAUAAUAUUAUACAUAGUUGUAGACCGCAACGGAAAUAUAUAAUAUAAUAUAACGACGAUAAUAAUAAUAACAAUAUCAUUAACCAAAAAACAAAAAAACAAAAAAAUAUAUAAUAAUAUUUGUAUUAGCCGUUCAAGUUUUCACGUGUUUGCGCGCCGCGUAAUACAAUGUAAUGUGUUGUUGUGAUCAUAUUAUUACUAUUAUUACUAUUGUCAUUACAUCGUCCAUGUUCGUUCAUGACAAUAAUAAUAAUUAUGAUAAAUAAACAAACUCGCAAACAUUUAUAUAUUAUAUUAUAAUAUGAAUAUUAUGUACGCGCGAGCAGUGAAAACGGCGUCCGGCCCACCACCUUGGUGUGGGGGCGGGGGUGUUGUGUGUCCGCCGCGUAUAUAUAGUUGUCAAACGUGAGAUUUUGUUUUGUUUUUAGCGGACACCCCCUCCCCACAACCACCGGACGUCCGGAACGUAGGUACACGUUUAAUAUAUUAUUGUGUAUGUUUAUUUUUUUAUUUAUACUUAUUUUUUUCGAAAUACGACGCACGGACCUGGCGGCUGAAACGUGCGUCGUCGUCGUGUACAUAUAUUAUAUUAUAUUACAUUAUAUUAUACUAUGAUGAUUCCAAUUUUUUUUCUUCUUCUAUAUAGUUCGUGCGUGUCGCUUUUUGUUGUGUUGGCUGUGAAAUAUUGUGAUAAUAAAAAUUUAAAAAAAUAAAUAAAAAGAAGAAAACGCACGAAAAAUUAACUACUCACCGUUUUUCGACAAAUCGAGAAAAAUACCAACCACCGUUUUCUCCAAGGGUAUAUUUAAUAAUAUAUUGUAUUAUAAUAAAUUUCUUGCGUAAAGACUGAACGAAUAUAAUAUCUUCAAAAAAAAUUAUAUGAAUAAAAGACUGUAGCCCUUUUACAGUAUAUAUAAUACAAUAAUAAUAAUAAUAUAUAACAAAACAGUCAGGGGGUAUGAAAAUACUGUAUAAGUUCCUUAUAUGUAUAAAAAUGAAAAUUAUACCUACCCUUUUUUGUUUUCAUUGGAAUCAAUUUCAAACUGUAAACGUGUUAUGACCGACAAUUAUUUUCGUCUGAUACCAAACGUAGACGUUAUUGUUAAAAAGAAAAUAGCGAAACAAAAACGACAAAAAAAUAAAUUAUUUACAUUUUCUCUCGAUUCAUCGUCGUCAUCUUCAUCAUUAUCGUCAUAAAUCAUAAUAAUAUGGUAUAUAUACAUAAAAGUGUACAUUCCUAUAUAAUUUUAUCAUUAUACAUAUUUACGACUUAUUAGGUGUGCCUGUUUAAUUUGUGUAAUUUUUAUCUAGUCUGGUUGGAUAAUGGGCCAAAGAGCUAAACAUACAUAUUAUAUAAAUAAUAAUAUAUUAUAUUUUUUUUCUUACGAUAGCGCAAAAUAUCUACAGCGGGUUCACGGGGAGGGGGGAGGGCUUCGUUCGGAAUAAUCACUCACAGGCCUAAUAAUGAUGAGAAUAGGUCUAUAUAUUAUACGAUAGGACUCGAUAGCGUUCGGGGAAAAAAACGAAAAUAAAUAAAUACACACUCGAGUACACAUUAGAUAAUAAAUUGUAUUUUCUUUACAAACAAUAAAAAAAAAUUGGUCGGCCUGUGAUACACCUUAAAUUUCUCUGACAUAUUUUUCCAUUUUUUCGUUAUCGUUAACUUUUUUUUUGUUUUGAAUAACAUUUUAAAACGAAUGAAAUAUAUAACUAUAUUGUAUUUGUAAUAUUUAUUUUUAGAUACCACACUUAAUGUUAGCAUUCUAUUUGUAAAUUAGACGUUAGACAUAUAUAUAUAUAUAUUAUUAUUUUUUUUUAGCCUGUACAAAUGUUUUUUUUUGUAAUUAUCCUAAUUUCAGGACGUGGUUUAUUUGUUAAAAGAAAAAUACCUAACAUGAGAAAAAACAAUUUAAUAAAUACACGAGAUUAUAUAAAGGAAA